GUCUCCCAAGAGGGGUUCCCUGUGUCAACCCCCCCCCCCCGCCAUGUCCCCAGGGCCGGGGGGGGGCACCCUGUGGCUGUGGGGCGCCGCACCCCUCCUCCUCCUCACCUGCCUCGUCCUGCUCGGGCUGCGGCGGGUGAGGGGGCACACGGGGCGCCCCCCCCGAGGGGGUCGGGGGAUCAGAGUCCCCCCAGAGCCCCCCAGUCCAGAGCUGCCCGCGCUGCGCUUCCUGCAGGUGCUGCAGGCGGGGCGCUUCUCGGCGGUGUGGCGGGGCACCCUGCACCAGCGGCCCGUGGCCAUCAAGGCCUUCGUGGCGGGGGCGGCCGGACGCUGCGCGGCCGAGCGAGCGGUGCUGCAACUGCCCCUGAUGGAGCACGAGAACGUGGCGCGGCUGCUGGGCACCCAGGGUGCUGGGCCCCGCGCCCGCGGGGGGCUCCUCGUCCUCCAGCUCUACCCCGCCGGCUCCCUGCGCCACUUCCUGGGCCAGCACGUGGGCACGUGGGCCGGCAGCGUGCGCCUCGCCCUCUCGCUCGCCCGCGGCCUCGCCUUCCUGCACCAGGAGCUGUGGCGCGACGGUCUCUAUAAGCCCAGCGUGGUGCACCGGGACCUGAGCAGCCAGAACGUGCUGGUGCGCGAGGACGGGACCUGCGCCAUCGGCGACUUCGGGCUGGCGUUGGCGUUGCCACCACGUGCCCAGGCCGGCACCAGCGCCCGCCAGGUCAUCCCCAUACGCAAGGCGGGCACCCAGCGGUACCUGGCACCCGAGAUCCUGGAUGAGAGCCUGGACCUGCGGGCGUGGGGCCGGGCGCUGCGGCAGGCGGACGUCUACGCCCUGGCGCUGCUCCUCUGGGAGAUCCUCUCGCGCUGCCAAGCCCUCAGCCCUGGAGCCCCCGUGCCUGCGUUCCGGCUGGCAUAUGAAGCGGAGCUGGGUGCCAGCCCCACGGGCGCUCAGCUCCGGUGCUUGGCUGUCGAAGAACGGAGGCGCCCACUCAUCCCCCCUGCCUGGCACCGCGCCCCCCAGCCCGGGGGGGCUCUGCCCGAGCUGCUCGAGGAUUGCUGGGACCCCGACCCCGAAGCGCGGCUCUCGGCCGAGCGGGCGCUCCAGCGGCUGCAGCGCCUGGCAGCGGGGCCCCCCCCGACCACCGGGACCCCCCCGACCACCGGGACCCCCCCCCGGGUCCCCUGGACCCCCCUCCCUGCUACCAGCCCCCCCCCGACCACCGGGACCCCUCCGAACGCCAGGACCCCCCCACCCCCUGGUGCCCCCCCCCUCUAG